AUGCCCGGCUCUGAUGUAGGCGAUCAAUAUGAUGACGAGAACUUCAUCGUGGAUAUCGAUGACAUUCAGGCCCACGGCAUUGGAGCAGCUGACAUUACCAAACUUAAGGCCAAUGGGUACUACACUGUUGCUUCCGUCCAUGGUGCCACCCGCAGAACACUUCUCAAAGUGAAAGGCUUCAGUGAAGUCAAGGUAGAGAGAAUCAAGGAAGCCAUCCAGAAAUGUCUGCCCUCCGCAUCAGGAUUCAUCACCGCCGUGGAACUCUUCCACCAACGCAAGAAAGUCGUCCGCAUCUCAACAGGAAGCAAGCAAUUUGACGCUAUUCUCGGAGGCGGCUUUCAAAGCAUGAGCAUCAGCGAAGUCUUCGGCGAGUUCCGUUGCGGCAAAACCCAACUCUCACACACAAUGUCUAUCAUCGCCCAGCUCCCCAAGUCAAUGGGCGGCGCAGAUGGCAAAGUCGCAUACAUCGACACAGAGGGCACUUUCCGGCCUGAGCGUAUCGCCCAGAUCGCCGAGCGCUACGGAAUCGAUGCGGAAACGGCGCAGGAGAACAUUGCGUAUGCGCGUGCUUUAAACAGCGAGCACCAGCUUGAACUUCUUAACACGCUGAGUCGAGAGUUCGCGGAUGGGUCUUAUCGGCUGCUUGUGAUAGACAGCAUUAUGAAUUGUUUCCGAGUGGACUACUGUGGGCGUGGAGAGUUGGCGGAACGGCAGCAGAAGCUGAAUCAGUUCCUAAUGAAGCUGGCUCAUAUGGCUGAAGAGUUCAAUGUUUGUGUCUUGAUGACAAACCAUGUCCAAAGUGACCCCGGUGCAAGUGCCCUCUUCGCUGGUGCUGAUGGUCGCAAGCCUGUUGGUGGACAUGUGCUGGCUCAUGCGUCUACUACUCGAGUGCUGCUUCGCAAGGGCCGUGGUGAGGAGCGUGUGGCUAAGAUUCAGGAUUCACCUGACUGCCCCGAAAGAGAAGCUAUUUAUGUGAUUACGAAUGGAGGUAUCAACGACCCAGACAAGAAUUGA